AAACUUGUAUUGACUAGAUCCUGAAAAUUACUGAUCCAAAAAAAGCAAAAAAAAAAAAAAAAGGGAAUUCAAAAAAUCUGAUUGUUUUGUUUCCAUCUUACUUGUUAAAUGUGUUCUUAUGGAAAUGUUUUGGGAUUUUGAUGCCUUUUGCUUGGUGAUUUCCUACACAACAUGAAACAUAUCUUGUUCAAAUAUGCUAUUAGUUUGUUAAUUUCUUUGUGUACAAUUACAGGUGCUACUAGUAUAAUUCAAUCUUUGACCUUCCCCCUUACAUUUGUAUCUAUUGCUCUCUUUCUCCCCAUAAUUUCUCAAAAAGUAGGUCAUGCCUUACAGAAGCACGAGGUUUCUAUCUUGGUUGAUUUAUGAUAAACCUACAUUAGUAACUCACUAUGAAUUGAGCGCAAAUCAGAAAAAGUAGAAGGAAUUGGGGGAGGGGGUUGACAAAACCUUUACUUUGAAAUCUGAUGAGCCAAAAUACCACAAGCUUGUCAUAUCAGCUGGAGGCAUUUCAGUAGUAAUAAAAACAUAUGAGAUUUUCCAGUUCCCCGAUAUUCACGUGUUGAACAAAUGGUAAAUACUGGUCCAGUUGAUUGUGGUGAUAAGGUUAUACCCAAUCCAUCUAAAAUGGGAUCCGAAGAUAUGCCAAUGAUUGGACUUGAUGCUAUGCAACGAGCUAAUUCUACAUUAGAAGAUUUUUGCAGGUCUUAUUUUAUGUUUCACAAAAUGGAUCCUCACCAACCGCAGUGUAUGUUUAGAUACCUACCGAUACUUUCAUUCACUGAAAGUUACAUUUAUCAGUUGGAUAAUUUAAAUGAGAAACUGCUGCAGCCAUCAGUGGGGAUGGGUCGAUCAUCAUAUCGUGAAUACAGUGUGGAAGCAAAACAAAGCUUGGAACUUACAUCUUUGAGAAUGAUGACCAAUGAUCCAUUUAGACCUCUUUGUAUUUUACUUCAGCAGCAUGGGCUUUUGACUGACAGGGUAAGAGAAGAGUUUAGGAGUGGAGUAGAAUAUUGGUAUCUGGAAAGAAAGCUGUGUCAUGCACUUGGGAGUAAACAAGAGAUUUCAGUUGAAGAUGUCAUGAGGGCAAUUCAUCUGAAGUCCUUUGAUUACCGGGUGCUGAAUCUUCUGUUGUAUCAACUGAGAAGUGAAAAGGUCAAUGAUAUGCAUAUGGAGUUUUUGUCAAUAUCGGAGUUCCUUGUGGAGAUAUCCGAUGACUUGUUUGACUAUGAGGAUGAUGUGUUAGAGAAUAGUUUCAAUAUUCUGCGCAUGUUCAAUGGAAUUUAUGGGGCUUCUGCAGCACCAGUAAUGCUGGCAAAAGUUAUAACUGAAGCUGAAGAGAAGUAUGAUAAUCUGUUGAAAGCUCUUGAUCCCGAGCUUUCUCUGAGCUAUCAAAAGAGAUGCGAAGAAGCUACUAAAGAAGGCGGGAAGACGGCAGGCCCGUCUCUUGGAACAUGGUGUAUACCUCCUGUUAUUCAAGAUGAGGAGCUUUAUCGAUCCAAUGUUUUUGAAUUCGAAGCCACCAAAAAUACUGGAAAACAGUUGCCCUACCAGCCAGAAACCACUAAAAUGGUUGCUGGAACAAUGUAAAGCUUCAUAAACAAAAAACCAAAAAAAAAAAAAAGAGGAUCUGGAGGUCAGCAUCUAAUCCUCCCCACCUACCAUCAUAGAAGCCUCCCUAUCUGUCUCUUGAUCCCUCAUUCCCCUCAAAGAGGGGCUCACGUCUGAUUAGCUAGUUGGGUAGUAUUAUUCAAGAUUGUUACUUUAUGUUCGACAACUUGGUGGCAGAGAAGUACCUAUACUAGUGGAACGUAGCAUGUACCUGGUAGAAUAGUCAAGGUGCACGACAAGCUGACUCGGCCACCACCAUUAGAAUUUUUUUUUAUGUUUAUUUAUCAAAAAAGUUGAAAAGAUUGCUACUUCAUGUUCUAAAACUAGGAGUUUGGGUAUUUUUAAGAAUUUUGCUUUUAAGGUUUGUUUUAUUAUACCCUCUUGUGACUGAUGUUACAAUUUGUAUUGCUGUACAUUAUUUUAUUUCUCGAAGAAUGGAGGUUGUGGAGUACACAAAUUAGGGUGCAA